UAUCGUGAUGCCAAUAUAUUCGCAGAUCUUCACUUGAUUUUACGAGGUUUUCAUUUCAUUGUUGAUUCUCGUUGUGACAAGGUUUAUUUCUACAACUGUAAUUGUCGUGAAGUCAUUGGCGGGAAAGACUUAACCUCAAAUCGUGGGCUAAUAGAUAAACUCUCUCACGUUUACAAAUUGAGAUGGCCGAGCGAUUAGAAGAUCUGAAUCUGCCCAAUGCGGUUGUGACCAGAAUCAUCAAGGAAGCUUUACCAGAUGGAGUGACAGUUGGAAAAGAUGCCAGAACAGCGGUGGCGAAGGCCGCAUCCAUUUUCAUAUUAUAUCUCACAUCGGCUGCCAAUAUAGUAGCCAAGAAAAGUAAUCGCAAGACUGUCAGUGGCCCAGACGUGAUACAAGCGAUGAUAGAUGUCGAGUUUGAUCAGUUUGUUGAGCCAUUGCAGGAAUCUCUUGAAAACUUUAAAAAGAUUCAGAAAGAAAAGAAAGACGCGACGUCGAAGAAAAAGCAACAAAAAAAAGAUGAUGAUGAUGUAAAUGGUGAAGAUGAAGAAGCGGGAAGAGAAAUUAUUGAAAUUUUCUAAAAAGUGAAUUCGUCACAUAUGUACUAU